AUGUGCAAACUAAAAAGCCAGUGUAGUGGUGUCAAGGGUGAAAAAAACCAAAGGGGCGAACAGGCAGAAAAGAGUGAUAUGAAAAAGCGAGCCAAGAAAAGUGAGAGCGCAAGUAGUGAAUCCGUCAAAGAAUCGUUAGAAGAGGAAUUCGAUGGGGAAGAUGAGGAUGUAGACGGUGAAAUCGAUAUGGACGCGGACUUGGAUGUGGAUAUGGAACCCCAUUUAGAUGAAGACGAGGAGGAUGAAGAUGCCGAAGGUGAAGGCAAAGACGAAGCAUUUGCUGAUGCCAGGAAGUAUUUUAAAGAAGGACAAAAAUGUAUUACCCCCCCGAACGGUGAUGGUACAAGAGCUUUCUACGAAAGUCUACUUGAAGAAAAUCCCAAUUCAAUCAUUGCUAUAAAGUACUGCAUAGAACAUGGAGUUCUAAGUGGUACGAGACAUCACCAGGCGAUAUAUAAAUAUAAUGUACUUAAAAAAAAUAACGCAUUUAGAAAUAACUUGGGAGGUCUACGAGGUGAGUUUAUUAAACUGUUGGAAAAGCCUCCUAAAUCUGAAGAGGGUUCAUAUGAGGAUUCUGAUGGGGAGUUGAUAAUAAAGGAGAUUUUAAGCAAAUGA